AUGCGUUGCUGGACCAUCGGCGAGAGGUGUUCCUUCCAGCUAUUGGACAGACAGUUGCGGCGCAUGAAGGCUUCAGGCUUUUUGCAGCACAGAAUCCUGUUGCCACUGGAGGUGGCCGCAAGGGGCUUCCCAGGUCGUUUCUCAAUCGCUUCACUCGGGUGGUGCUAUCUCAAUUGUCACCUGCAGACUUGCGGCACAUCUGCCGACAUGUUCAUGCUGCAGCACUGGGAGAAGAAGUGGUUGAUCGGGCAGCGCCUGCUGCAUGUUUGA